GCUAAUUCAAUCGACCGGAUUCUUCUCCAAAAGCACUCAACUUCAGGAAAAGGAACCGGAGACAAUCCGGCCCCUCUCUCUCUGUGCCGCUUUGUACGUCUCGGUGCAGUGUUGUCCCUCUGCAGAGAAAUUUGUCCGUUUCUCCUUUUUCACCCUCAGCAUUCAUCAUUCAUGUCCACCGAAAAAUAAAAAAGGAGAGAUUUUAAAUAAAUUUCUGUUUAUAGAUACAGAGUUUUGUAGUGUAGAUUUCGUGUGUGGAAUCUGGCUGGAGCUGCUGAUUUACACGCAGGUGUGUGUUUACUUGAAAACGUAGUGUGUGGUUUAUUUUGGUAAAUGUGAAGGCUCGCAAAAGCCCUCUUCGAUUGAAGAUCGAAAUGGGGUGUGCGCAAUCGAAAAUAGACAAUGAGGAAUCGGUUUCUAGAUGUAAGGAGAGGAGGAAUUUGAUGAAGGAGGCUGUUGUUGCGAGGAAUGCUUUUGCAUCGGCACAUUCCGGCUACUCCGUCUCGCUUAAGGACACCGGCGCCGCACUGAGUGACUUCGCCGGCGGCGAGGUCCCUCCUCCGCCGCUGGAAACGGCGGCGCCGGCGGACCCUCCGGUUGCGGAGCGCCCCCCUCCGCCCCCUCCGUCGCCCAUGGAGUCCAACCUCCCUCCCCCUCCCCCGCCGCUGCCGAGCUUCUCUCCCAUGUCGCCCCUCCAGCGGGCGGUGACAAUGCCGGCAGCAUUGUCGGAUUCGGUUAGGAAGGGGAAGAUGAAAGGGGUAGCUAUUCACGAGGGCGAUAUUUAUGAGGAGGAUGAGGAGGAGGAGGAGGAGAAGGAGAAGGAGAAGGGGAGGUUUCAUAGGACGAAGAAAGGGGUUGAUGAGGCUGGAGUCGAGACUCCGAUAAGGCCUCCUCCUAAUCCGGCCACGACCCCAUCGGAGAUUAGAGGGAUGGCAUGGGAUUAUUUCUUUGUGGACAACAUGCCCUCCUCGAAUUUGGAUGAAGUUGUGGAGGAAGGUGAGGGGGGCUAUGCCGAGGACAUGAAUGGAAACCUCGAUCAAGCAUUUGAGAAUGUGGCUGGGAAUGAUGAGUUCAAGACACCCGAGAAGCAAGUGGGGUUCGAGUGGAUUGAGGCGUUCAAGACGCCUGAGGAGACGCCAGCAUCCGUCCCAGCCCCGAAGUUCAUGCACUCUAACACCGCCCCCCCUGCAAUUAGCAGAACCGUUCUUGGUGGGAAUGAGGCAGGAAAUAGUAAUGGUGUGAAUUUGUUGAAGAUUUUGGGUGAGAUCGAUGAUCAUUUCCUUAAAGCUUCCCAAAGCUCACAGGCCGUUUCAAAGAUGCUCGAGGCCACAAGGUUGCAUUACCACUCGAAUUUUGCUGAUAAUCGAGGGCACAUCGAUCAUGCAGCUCGAGUCAUGCAAGUUAUUACUUGGAACAAAUCCUUUAAGGGCGUGCCUAAUGGCGAGGCACCCAAGGAUAACUUCGAUCCAGAUGAUUUUGAGACGCAUGCCACUGUUUUGGAUAAAUUGCUAGCAUGGGAGAAAAAGCUGUACGAAGAAAUAAAGGCAGGUGAGCUUAUGAAACGUGAAUAUCAACGAAAAGUUGGUGUGCUGAAUAAGCUAAAAAAACGAAAUGCUAGUGCUGAACAACUGGAGAAAGCAAAAGCUGCCGUUAGUCAUUUGCAUACCCGAUAUAUAGUUGACAUGCAAUCCUUGGACUCGACCGUCUCAGAAGUGAAUGAUAUACGCGACAAGCAGUUGUUUCCAAAACUCGUGGCGCUCGUUCACGGGAUGACGACGAUGUGGGAAUCCAUGUGUAUACAUCAUAAUGGCCAGCUCAAGAUUGUCACAGACCUCAAAUCCCUCGACGUCUCGGGCAUUCUAAUUGAGACGAGCAAGCACCAUCAUGAGCGGACGAAGCAGCUCGCGACUGUUCUCGAGCAAUGGCACUUGCAGUUCGAGAAGCUCGUGACCGGUCAGAGACAGUACAUUGCCGCACUCAGCAACUGGUUGAAGCUGAAUCUCAUCCCCAUCGAGAGCAGCUUGAAGGAAAAAGUGUCGUCGCCCCCGAGAGCUCCGAACCCUCCGAUCCAGCCACUGCUCCGCGCGUGGCAUGACUAUCUGGAGAAGCUCCCCGAUGAGGUGGCGAAGAGCGCCAUUGCGUCCUUCGCUGCAGUGAUCAAGACGAUCAUCCUCCAUCAGGAGGAAGAGAUGAAGUUGAAGGAGAAGUAUGAGGAGACGAGACGAGAGUACGUCCGUAAGAAACAAGCCUUCGAGGAAUGGUACCAGAAGUACAUGCACCGCCGGACGCCCCCAGACGAGGGCGACCCUGAUAAGAUAGGGGAGAGCGGGACGAAGGACCCAGUGGCGGAGAGGCAGUUUGUGGUCGAGAGCUUGAAGAAGCGGAUGGACGAGGAGAUGGAGGAGCAUCAGAAGCAUUGCAUUCAGGUGAGGGAGAAGUCCCUCGGAAGCCUCAAGAUCCGGUUGCCGGAGAUCUUCCGAGCUCUCUCGGACUACGCGCACGCGUGUUUCGAGGCGUACGAGAGGCUGAGAUUGCUUUCAGAAUCACAGCAUUCUAAUCCUAAUGCAGGUUCAUGAUCUGUCUUUGUCAACAACAAAUUUUAGUGAAGAAUCAACCGUGUUAAGGUGGAUUUGAAGUUUGUUGGAGCUUUUUUUUGCCUUGUAUGUUGCAGUUUUUGCAAUAUUUGGUUUUUGUGGGGAAAUGAACUUGCAUUUUCACCCCAUUAAUGCUAAUGAGUUGUUUUCAGCA